AGUCCCUGCCCGGCCGCCGCGCUGCGCACCGCCGGGUGCCGGCCUGCGCCCCGAACCCAAGUGGCGGCCACCUCUACCUCCCAAGCCCGCGCGGAUGUGAGAUCCCAGGCACCGGGCGCCUCGCGAUCGCCGGCUACGGCGCGACUCUGCUUAACCCGGGAGGUGACGGCGGGGCUGAUCGUGCGGCUUGUGGAUUUUUUAAAAAUUUGGCUCCGGGGAGGACCAUUUCCUCUCGACAUGCAUCCCUCCGGAUAGACUGCACAUCCCUCAGUCCACCCUCCGCCCCGCGCCGUCCGAGGCAGGCGCUGGGUGGGCGAAGAGGAUCCGGGUUGAAAUCUGUGCCCCCGGUUCUCGUCCCCGCCCCGUCCCGCCGCCCCCUCCCCCUCCGGGAGUCGAAAUUGCCCGGGGAUUAUGUUUCGGAAAGGUAGGUGAGCGCCGGGCGCGGCGCCUGCUUCUCCGCACACGGACCCGAAGAACCAGCGAGGCGGCGAGGCAGCCCCCGCGGCUUGCAGCGGAGGCGACAGCUCGUCUCCUGCCGUGGAGGUGUCGCCGGUGGUGGGGGGGAGAGACUUGCUCCAAAAAAACGGACGUCUCCAGCUCUCCCCCCUCCCUGUUUUCCGUUAGGAAUCCGGCGAGGAAAUACAUGCACUCGCUGAGAAUCGGCGGCGCCAGGAGGCAGCGCCACAAGGUGUAGCGAGUGAGUGGGGUGGGGCAAGAGGGGACCCAGGAGUCCCCCAGGCUCCCGGCGCGCCUGCUCCUGCUCUUCAAUCCUGCCCUCGGGGCGGACGGAGUGACCCCCGCCCCGACCAUGGUAGUGUUCAAUGGCCUUCUUAAGAUCAAAAUCUGCGAGGCGGUGAGCUUGAAGCCCACAGCCUGGUCGCUGCGCCAUGCGGUGGGACCCCGGCCACAGACGUUCCUUUUGGACCCCUACAUUGCCCUUAACGUGGACGACUCGCGCAUCGGCCAAACAGCCACCAAGCAAAAGACCAACAGCCCGGCCUGGCACGAUGAGUUCGUCACCGAUGUGUGCAAUGGGCGCAAGAUCGAGCUGGCUGUCUUUCACGACGCUCCUAUCGGCUACGACGACUUCGUGGCCAACUGCACCAUCCAGUUCGAGGAGCUGCUGCAGAAUGGGAGCCGUCACUUCGAGGACUGGAUUGACCUGGAGCCAGAAGGAAAAGUGUACGUGAUCAUCGAUCUCUCGGGAUCAUCGGGUGAAGCCCCUAAAGACAAUGAAGAACGAGUGUUCAGGGAGCGUAUGCGGCCAAGGAAGCGGCAAGGGGCUGUCAGGCGCAGGGUCCACCAGGUCAAUGGCCACAAGUUCAUGGCCACCUACUUGCGGCAACCCACCUACUGCUCCCACUGCAGAGAUUUCAUCUGGGGUGUCAUAGGAAAACAGGGAUAUCAAUGUCAAGUUUGCACUUGCGUUGUCCACAAGCGAUGUCAUGAGCUCAUUAUUACAAAGUGCGCUGGGCUGAAGAAACAGGAAACCCCUGACGAGGUGGGCUCCCAACGGUUCAGCGUCAACAUGCCCCACAAGUUCGGGAUCCACAACUACAAGGUCCCCACGUUCUGUGACCACUGUGGGUCCCUGCUCUGGGGCCUCUUGCGGCAGGGCUUGCAGUGUAAAGUCUGCAAAAUGAAUGUUCACCGGCGAUGUGAGACCAAUGUGGCUCCCAACUGUGGGGUAGACGCCAGAGGAAUUGCCAAAGUGCUGGCUGACCUUGGUGUUACUCCAGACAAAAUCACCAACAGUGGCCAAAGGAGGAAAAAGCUCGCUGCUGGUGCUGAGUCCCCACAGCCGGCUUCUGGAAACUCCCCAUCUGAAGACGACCGAUCCAAGUCAGCGCCCACCUCCCCUUGUGACCAGGAACUAAAAGAACUUGAAAACAACAUUCGGAAGGCCUUGUCAUUUGACAACCGAGGAGAGGAGCACCGAGCGUCGUCGGCCACCGAUGGCCAGCUGGCAAGCCCCGGAGAGAACGGGGAAGUCCGGCCAGGCCAGGCCAAGCGCUUGGGGCUGGAUGAGUUCAACUUCAUCAAGGUGUUGGGCAAAGGCAGCUUUGGCAAGGUCAUGUUGGCGGAACUCAAAGGCAAAGAUGAAGUCUACGCUGUGAAGGUCUUGAAGAAGGACGUUAUCCUACAAGACGAUGAUGUGGACUGCACAAUGACAGAGAAGAGGAUUUUGGCUCUGGCUCGGAAACACCCUUAUCUAACCCAACUCUAUUGCUGCUUCCAGACCAAGGACCGCCUCUUCUUCGUCAUGGAAUAUGUAAAUGGUGGAGACCUCAUGUUCCAGAUUCAGCGGUCCCGAAAAUUUGAUGAGCCUCGUUCUCGGUUCUAUGCCGCAGAGGUCACAUCAGCCCUCAUGUUUCUCCACCAGCACGGAGUGAUCUACAGGGAUUUGAAACUGGACAACAUCCUUCUAGAUGCAGAAGGCCACUGCAAGCUGGCUGACUUUGGGAUGUGCAAGGAAGGGAUUAUGAAUGGUGUGACAACUACCACCUUCUGUGGGACUCCUGACUACAUAGCUCCAGAGAUCCUACAGGAGUUGGAGUACGGCCCCUCAGUGGACUGGUGGGCCCUGGGGGUGCUGAUGUACGAGAUGAUGGCUGGGCAGCCCCCCUUUGAAGCUGACAACGAGGACGACUUGUUCGAAUCCAUCCUUCAUGAUGAUGUUCUCUAUCCUGUCUGGCUUAGCAAGGAAGCUGUCAGCAUCCUGAAAGCUUUCAUGACCAAGAACCCGCACAAGCGCCUGGGCUGUGUGGCAGCGCAGAACGGGGAGGACGCCAUCAAGCAACAUCCAUUCUUCAAGGAGAUUGACUGGGUACUGCUGGAGCAGAAGAAAAUCAAGCCCCCCUUCAAGCCGAGAAUUAAAACCAAAAGAGAUGUCAAUAACUUUGACCAAGACUUUACGCGGGAAGAGCCAAUACUUACACUUGUGGAUGAAGCAAUCAUUAAGCAGAUCAACCAGGAAGAAUUCAAAGGCUUCUCCUACUUUGGUGAAGACCUGAUGCCCUGAGAGGCUGCUUCGGAUGGAGGGAGCUCAUGCUGCAAGGACGGUGUUGAGAUACUCCCAAGCUGCAGAGGCUCCGAAGGUCUCAACUCCUCCUCCUCCUCCCCCUCCCCAGAGCCCCAGUCCCAUGUCCACUCUCUUAUUUAUUGCAUUCCCCCACCCCAGGCCACGUCCCUCCCCACCCUCCCAGUGAUCAGAAGGCACUCUUGGUCUAGACUCACCAAGAUCACAGAUUUGAAUUGCAUCAGCUACCUGUGGGUAGCUGUGCGCAGUGUUGGGUUUGAUGUAUCCAUCCAACCGCAAGCCAGAAGCAGCUUCAGUUCUUUUACUACAAAGAAAAAAAAAAAAAAACAACUCGAAGACUCUGGCUCUGCCACUGGACGUGGACUCCUGAUUUCUCCCUCCUCCCAUUCCUCCUCGUCUCCAGCCUGCCAUCCCUGCCCAGCUACCUAAGAGAAGAGAGCAGAGUUUCUUCCACGGGAGGGCGGGUGCCCCAAGGCUUGCCCUUGAUGGAAGGAGCCUGAGUUGCUCAGGUGGUCCAGCUGUGGCCGUGUGCUCUGGAAUCGCACAUUCCUGCUUGCUUUGGUUUUAGCUUUUUUUGAGCAUGCCAAAGUUGUAUGCGUUUGUAUCUCAUGGAAGAAAUCAUUUUGAUUUUGAACUCUAAACAUUACAAAAAAAAAAAGCAGAAAGAAAGGAAGAGAGAAAGGAAGGAAGAAAGAAAGAAAGAAAGAAAGAAAGAAAGAAAGAAAGAAAGAAAGAAAGAAAGAAAGAAAGAAAGAAAACUAUUACUACGUUCACUUUCUAAUUGGCCAAAAGAUAGACAUCCCAACGUGAACACGGGUAGAUAUUAAAGGGCUAAUACACGGUGAGAAUCCAGUCAUCCGACGUUUGUUAUUGAUGCUUUAGUGACACAUGAGGUCUAUGCAAAGAGAGCAAAGAAAACUCUGGCUUCUCAUCAUGAGAAUUUUCCCUGAGCACAAAGACCACCAGAGCAACAGCCAAGAUCCCAGGGUUCCAGAAAAACUUAAUUCCCAAAUUCUCUCUCCAGUCUUGGUCCCAUGUUCCCAGCAUAAACCCUUAUUUUCUCUGUGCUUCUACAAGAUGGCCGUACCACUCUGUUGUGGUUUGAAACGUUCGCUAUGUAGGAUAAACUCUGAAGUAUCUGUUUUGGGAAUGCAGGGAACGAAACACAGCCGGGGUCAGGCAGAAGGUCUCAGGAGACUAAGGAGCAACUGAUCUGAGGGCCGUCGAGGUGCUGGGAUGUAGCCAGAGUUUUGGUGACAUGCGAUGGUAACUCACGUGGACUGAUAUUACCUCCUGUAGCUAUGCUGACAGUGUUACAGUUUUGAUUCCUAAGGGUUCCCUGUGGCUUUGUGUAUAUGUUCCCUGAAGGUCAUUUGAUUACCUAUUUUAUUGAACUGACUUAGCAGGGAGUGGAAUCCAUUCCAACCAUUGCACGUGGAUUUCCCAACCACCCCUAAGUAGAUAUACCUGUGAGUGGCAAACUGACACUAACGAAGCUUUUUGCCUUUUGUACAUUUGAGAUUUUUUUUGUAUAUAGUGUUCGCUGCAAGGCCUGUGGAGUUAAAUCAUUGACUAUAGAGGUAUCAACUGCUGCAUGUUCAGGCAUAUUAUAGAACUUUAGUCUAUGAAAGAAUAACUAUAAUAAUGUCCAGGUGCAAUCUCCUUAUCACCUAUUGGUUCAAGUUGCUGAGAGAGAGGUAUGUUUCUUUCCAGGGAGGGCUGGGGUCCUUCAUAUUGUUUAUUUCCUUUUGGGUUAAAAGUGUAAGCACAUAGUGAACUCUGUUAAAGUCACGCUCGGUUCUCCUGUGUAGUGUCAUGCCCUGAGAGAGAUGGCAGACGGGAAAGAAUGUUCUCGAUAGUGGUUUCCAAGCUUGGACAGUGACUAUUUUGAGCCCAUACUAAAUGUGUCCCUAUUUGCAUCUGGCUGGUCACAGCCUUUGUCUCUAAUGACGACCUUCAGUUUUCCUCUUUGUUUUGCUUUUUUUUUUUAAGAAAAACUCAGGUGUAACUGUGAUCUGUUCUUAUGAUGAUUGCAAAUAUUAAAUGCUAUGCUGUAUCAAUCUGUAUGUUUGGCAUACCAGGGAAGUGAUGAAGAACAUUAGAUUAAUUUAAUUUAUCUUCAGUAACUUGACAUACUGGGGGAAGACUAUCUUUUGGAGUGGAAAACAAGCACAGAAACAUCUUCAUGGUGGUAUCAUCUCAAUGUUUAGAAAAAACAUAAUAAUCCCAUUAUACUCAGAUAUAAUCUCUCUUUCUCUCUCUCUCUCUUUCUCUUUCCCUCUCCCUCUCCCUCUUCCUCCCUCCCUCCCUCCCUUCCUUCUGCUUUCUUUACCAUUGUGAACAUUGGACAGCCAAGGCCAAUAUCAAGUGUUUUUCCCCCAGGGUUUGGUAGUGUUAAUGUUACAGUGAAGGCUACACCCUUCCUCAUGGCCAGUUGGCACUGUUGCUGGGAAGUCAAACAACACAUUCCACCAGCAACUCUAAGAAGUCAGGCCCCUGAUACCCUUUUGGUGCCCAUAGCCCUGCUGGCUAGGAGGCUUCCAGCCAACGCUUUGAAUCUAGUGGAGACCUACACACGAGUGUGUUCUUUGGAUGUAUACUGAGUCCUGUCAGCAAGAACUUAGCCACAGGGAAUGUGGCUUGGUGGCAGAACUCUUGCCUGGCUGGUGUGAAGCCUUGUACAUGGGUCCCAGCAUCACAAAAACAGCAGUGGUGGGGAUGGCCAAGCUGGCACCAGGGUAUCUGGGGAAUGGCCACACUGGCACCAGGGGAUCUGCCAGGUCUAUAUUUUUCCAACUCUCACUUUCUUUAUCUUAAAGGAAAAAAGUGGGGGGGAAAAAGCCAAAAAAUACUACAUGAAGGAUAGUAAUUCCUCCCUGCCUCUCAUUAUGGACUUCUUGAAGUAGAAACAUUUUUUUUCCUCCAAAGGUGAAAACACCAUUCAUUCUUGCUUUAAAAAUAAAAGAAGGCUUAAAAAAAUUACCUCUUUUUAAAUUAUGUGCAAAGUAAUUCUGGUUAAUAGAAAUGUAUUCAAUUUUAGGGGUUUUAUUUUGUAUUGUGAAGCUUUCUUUUCCUUUCCGGAUGUGAUUUUAAUCCCUUGCCAUCUAUCAGUGUGAUUUCAUUGUAAACAUUAUUGUGCCAAAUGUACUGUACUCAAAAGGAUGUGAAUGUGUAUUGUUCCAGAACGUAAUAAAUAUGAUGAUGUUAAAUCUUA